AAGGCACAAACCUCCAGGACGACCUCCUCCCGGUCUGACGUACCUAAAGCUGUUGGUAUAAAUGAAUUCACAGCGUCACCAAGCUCAGAUGAUUCGCAGUACCAGUGUGUGCACCCGGCUGUCAACACUCAUGGGCUACAACAUACACAGCCCCCUCACACGCACUCACAAGCACGUCUGCGUCAUGCGUCCUGAGAGCGACAGCACGAGCCCGGUAACUCCGAUGGACCCGGUAAAACGCACAGCGGCAGCAGCAGUCUGAGGGGGCUGACUGACUCCUGCUUAUUCUUCCACUACUCCCCACUACUUUGGGAAAAGUUUCGCUCUGAGUGUGGUUGCAUUAUGGAUUUUAUAACCACAAGCAACAACGACAGCAACGCGACCAGUGUUUACCCCAGUGGGGGGGACGUGGUUGCCGACUGGAACGGGGGUGAGAAUGGCACGGGGUCCGGGUCUCUUCCAGAUCUGAUGCUAAGUUACCAGAUUAUUACCUCAAUGCUCCUGGGGGCCCUCAUCCUCUGCUCCAUAUUUGGCAAUGCGUGCGUCGUGGCAGCCAUCGCCCUGGAGAGAUCUCUCCAGAAUGUGGCCAACUAUCUGAUCGGAUCCCUGGCCGUGACAGACCUCAUGGUAUCUGUGCUGGUCCUGCCAAUGGCGGCCCUGUAUCAGGUUUUAAACAAGUGGACUCUGGGGCAGGAGAUCUGUGAUUUAUUCAUCUCUCUGGAUGUACUGUGUUGUACAUCAUCCAUCCUGCAUCUGUGCGCAAUUGCUUUGGACAGGUACUGGGCCAUAACGGACCCUAUUGACUAUGUAAAUAAACGGACACCAAGGAGAGCUGCGUUCUUGAUUAGCGUCACUUGGCUAAUUGGUUUCUCCAUUUCUAUUCCGCCUAUGUUAGGCUGGAGAAGCGCCGAAGACAGGGCAAACCCUGACGCCUGCAUGAUCAGCCAGGACCCGGGCUACACCAUCUAUUCUACGUUUGGAGCUUUUUACAUCCCUCUUAUCCUCAUGUUAGUUCUAUACGGACGAAUAUUCAGAGCUGCUCGGUUUCGGAUUCGAAAGACAGUGAAGAAAGCAGAGAAAGCAAAAGUGUCAGAAAAGUGCUUGAGUGUGUCUCCGGCCAUCUUUCACAAGAAAACCAACGGAGAAACCGGCGGCAAAGGCUGGAAGCGCGGGGAUGAGUCUAAAUCCAGCUCUCCGUGCGUAAAUGGCGCGGUGAAGCAUGGAGACGAGGGCGAAUCAUUGGAGAUCAUAGAAGUUAUCAGCAACUCAAAGACGCACUUGCCUCUGCCCAACACUCCUCAGUCCUCCUCGCACGGCUAUGAAAACAUGAAUGAAAAGAACUCGGGGGCGAAGAGAAAGAUCGCGCUGGCCAGGGAACGUAAAACGGUGAAAACACUCGGCAUCAUUAUGGGAACUUUCAUCUUCUGCUGGCUGCCCUUUUUCAUCGUUGCACUGGUACUGCCUUUCUGUGCAGAGAGUUGCUACAUGCCCGAGUGGCUGGGCGCAGUCAUAAACUGGCUGGGCUAUUCAAACUCUCUCCUCAACCCCAUCAUAUAUGCCUACUUCAACAAAGACUUCCAAAACGCUUUCAAGAAGAUUAUAAAAUGCAAAUUCCACAGACCAUAACCAGAGUAAAAAAAAAGAAAAAAGAAAAACGUUUACGUUUAUUUAAAUGCGGAUACGUUAAUCAGAGAGCGGGGAUGUUCAGUGACUGUAUAGAAACAGCAAAAAGACAAAAAAACAACAACAACAACAAUACACAGACUUUCAUUCAGGGACAGUCCCUUUUAGUCGUGUCUUAAGGAUGGUGUAAAAAUAAUCCACCGGUGAAACAAAUCAAUAUAGAAACUUUCGCUGUUAAUGUACAAGCUCAUGUUUAUUCAGUGUUGUAGCUACAGUAUAUAGCUUAUAUGCGACGGCAGCCAUCGUUGUAUUGCCAUGCAAGACGUGUCCUGUGCUGUUUCCAUGCAUUUUAUCAUGAGGCACGCGGGGUUUCCGUCCCAUGUCAUGAGCUGUGUAGCACUGAAACAAUAAAAGCAAUCAAAGUUUGUCACGAAGAAAUAUGAGUGAAUGUUUGUUUAGAAGCAAAAACGAGAAAAGAAGAGAGCAGAGGCCCAUUAUGAAAAAUCACACUUUCACUUAUAGGACAUGGCUCGUCAUAUAUCUUCAUAUAGAUAAUAAGGAAUGAGUGAUUUUCCUAUGUUCUUGAGCACUCGAAGCAGUGGGCAACUUAUCAGUUUGCUUUGACAGGCCAACACACUGAUGAUGAUGAGUGAUGCUCAGGUUAUCAGUGCAUGGUGUAUUUAAGGUCUUAAAACAAAUGGGUAUCAAAUGAAGCCCAGUGUCUAGCCAUCAAAUCCACCUCAGAGUUGAAAGCAAAAGAAGAUGGGCAUUUUUCUUCUAAAAUGGGAACUGGUAUUGCAUUUAUGAUACGAUGCAUUCUCAAUCUCCCUGUGGCUCUUCUCAUUUUGGCCUCCUCUCUUCUCUAUUUCUGUCCCUUGAGUGUUAGAGAAAGACAGAAAAAACAACAGACUGACAGUGAAAGUAAAAUUACUCAGAGAAAAACCAAGAGAGGGAGUCUAACUCGUUUCUCUUGUAUAGGAUUGUUGUGCAGUUCUCCAUCGAGGCUUAUUGAGAACUACAUAGACAGCUUGUUACAUCAUCAACCUCAAGAAAAUCUGUGCUAAAUUUAGUCCACACACACGCACACACGUACACACACACACAUACACAUGUGUGCACACUCAUAAUAGCACAUAGUUUAGAGGGUUACUCAGAAAAAUAGGCCACAUAAUAAAAAGGGUUGCAGGAAACCUCCUCACUGUAUAACUGCUAUCAUCUAUCAAGCAAAUCUCAGACACAAAUCCACUUACAAUUGAUAGAGAGAUAAAUGCUGUCAGGCAUUAAAAGAGGAAGGAGGAAAACAACUUUCAGGAAGAAGCCCCAAUCAGGCCCGCUUCCUUCACAAGAUGGGUGGCUAUCUGAAGCAUUGCCAUGGCAACACAUCAAGCCCAAGGCAUCAAGGUUGGUCAGAUAUGAAGGCAGGCUGGCUAGGGACAGACAGGAAUGUGAGACAUACAGUAGCAUGACAGUUUACAGGUGACACCUGUGGCAUGACAAGUUAGCUGAUACUCUGCUGGGUGAUCGUAUGUGAGAUAAAAUUACAGUGUAUCUAAUUUUUAUCACUGCAAGGAGCCUUUUCACCAAGGAUUGCUUUUUAAGUUGGGAUUUUCACUUUAAAAUAUCUUGAAUAAUUCCAGUGAAAAUUAGAACUUUCUUUCCUCUACCUUCUCUUACAUUCUUCUCACAAACUUGCCUCUCUUUUUGAGACUAUGUUAGUGAUUCAAAAAAGUUUUAUUAUUUGUUUUAAUACCAAUGCAAAGAAUGCUGGUGUAUCAACAGCUAAUGAAUGAAAUAUAAUCCAUUAAAACAGCUGCAGUCCCACUUGAGGAUAUUUGAUCACAUGCAUGGAAAGAAACAGCACAUUGUUUUGUAAACCCCCAUUUUUACACACGUAAAAGUAAUAAAGGUCUAACAUAUGGGCCAAUUGUUGAAUUUAAUUUAAGGCUUGCAGUUACAUCUCACGACCUUCAUUAAUUAAUGUACAUUGCAGUGGUAGUACUAUGGUACUAGUACAAGAAAGCAGUAGUCAAAUAAAUGAAGACUCUAUCAAAUAAUAAUGAUUAUAAGCAAUUAAUAAAUAUAUUUUCUAGAUAUAAUAAAUAUCUUGCAAAGAAUGAAUAAAAACAAAACAAAAAUGCACUUUAUUUUUCAUUUUAUUUGAGGAAUGUUUUAUAUGAGGAAGCGCAUAUCAAUACCGCACACCUACUGCUGCACUGUAAAGUAACAGUUACCAGGCUUGUUUAUGAGUAAGAGAAAACACACUCAUAGUGUGGAGAACGCUGCUUUUGCUUGUAUGUGUAAAAUCUGGUGGUUUUUAAAAGGGAACUGACAACACAGGCCAAUAAAAUUUAUUUCACAUAAGUGAUCAAGUAUUAAAUCAAAAUUGUGAAACCGAAAUGUAUUCUCAGUCUUUUGCCUGUCUCUGUGAUGCAUUGAUUAUUGUUCUGAUAACUGAUAUUAUGUCAUCAUAAAUGAUGAUGGAUGAUUAAGGCUUGUAUGCCAAAAACACAGGGGAGGGCUUUGUUUUAGGUU